UUUUCCGAAGCUCUUUGAGUUCUCCUUGGCAGCCGGCACAGACGAGUUCUCACAGAUUUCAGAGGUGGAGGGUUUGGGCAGAAAUCCCAGCCUCUUCUCUUGCUUGCUUUCUUUUCUUUUCAUUUCUUUUUUUAAACUGCAGAGGAGGAAAUCGUUUUGAGUCAACAGGUGCUCCACUUUGGCCCUGUGACAGAAGUCAGACGGAAACCGUUUUUUGAAAUGCGAGCAUCGAGGGCGCGCAAGGGAGGAGGGAUCAGCGGCGAGAGGAGAGCUUUCUGUUCCACUCAGGGGCCGCAUGCUAUUUUGAGACAUUCUUACCAAACAGCAUGUGAACGUAAAGAGAGUUCUUCUUCUUCUUCUGUUUUGACCUCCUCAGACUCGACUAGAGACCACCAAGCACGACUUCAGCACACUGACACCAUGCUUACCCUGGAGGACAAGUCGGCUCUUUUCUUGCUUUCACGAGUGGCUCCACGAUGAACGACUCCAACGGUGGGAACAACACAACCAGUCAUCCCUACACAGGGAUCCGUCUGUUGGCUUCCAUCAGCUCCUUUGUGCUCCUGGCGUUCUUCAACUUGGUCAUCAACUACACCAUCCUGAGCGUGGAGAAGUUGCGUAACCAGGCCCGCUUCGUGCUCAUCUUCCACCUGCUCUUCUCUGGGUUGGUUUAUUUCGGGAUGAGCAGCAUCUUCUACCUGCAGAGCUACCUGGCCUGGUCGGUGCCUGAGGGGUUUUGCUUGGCUCUCAUCACUGGCUUGAUGACCAGUGCCUCCAGCAUCCUCCUAACUUUGACAUUCAUGGCCUUGGACCGAUACUGUGCCAUCUGCUUUCCUCUCAAAUAUAGUUCUUUUAGCCAAGGGUAUCAACCGUGGAUUACAGGGCUGCUCGCUUGGAUUCUGGCGUUGCCCAUUCCUCUGUGGCUGGUGCUCAAGGAGAACAAGAACUUCUACCAGUGUGAAUUGGCUGCAAAACCGAAAGGAGGGGAGGUGGCCAAGAUCCUGCUGGUCACUUGCUGCAGCCUCCUCAUCCUCUUCACCUAUGUCCAGAUUUUUCGGGAAGGGAGAAGGCUGGGGGUUUUGAACAGGCGUAACCGGAUCGGCACACGGACAAUCAGUAUGCAUGGCUUACAGCUGGCAGUGUAUAUCCUGCCCAAUUUUGUGAACUUCAUCAUCUACACACUGAGCAGCAAAAACCAGGACCUCUUUAAAGGCAUCAACUAUGCCUUCUUCAGCUUCGCUCAGUGCAUUAGCCCUGUGAUUUAUGGGCUGCGGAAAGAGGAGCUAUGUGAGCAGCUACACCUGAAAUUCCCCUGCAUGGUGAACAACCUGAAGGCGUUUCUGGAGUGGACCGCUAGUACCAAAAAGCACUGCUUCCGACAGCAGGAAUACUCGCAGCCACAGAAUGGGAGCAGCGUCUGAACGGCACUGAUGGGGCACUAGUGGGCCGAGCAGCAGAACCCGGGCUGAAAUAGAAAGGGCAGAUGAGUCAAAAAUGUGAAGGAGCAAAGCAGGUGGACCUGGCCUGGAAUGCAGAGGGUGCAAACAUCUGAAAUCAGUCAAAAAUGUGAAGGAGCCAAGUAGGGGGAGAUCAACCCGGAAUGGAAAGGGAAAAUGGGAGAGAAAAGGGUCAAGCAGAUGAAGCUGGACUGGAAAAUAAAGGGGCAAGCAAGUCAACCUGGAAUUGAAUACAAAGGCAGCUGGCAAGUGGACUUGGACAUAAACACAUACAGGGCAAAUAGGUGAAGCCCAACUGCAAUAUGAACCGGGCAAAGAGAUGAAGCUCGACAUAAACCUAAAAGGUUCAACAGGUGAAGCUCGAGUGGACCACAAAAGGACUUAAAGAUGGCAGAGGAAUGAAUCAGGACUGCACUCAGGAAAUGACUGCCAAGAACUACAGUGACAUUCAUAUUUGUCUGAAUUUCUGUCAGUAUGAGCUGGGGACAUAUUAGAAGUAUGGGAGCUUUUUUAUUAUCUUGAGUAAACAGCACUAAAGUGUCUUCUUUUAUUUAUAAAGACAGUCAAACUGAAUAGGGACACUGAGCCUUUCUUCAAAAACACAUGUGGACAUUUGUUAUGUGUUAAGAAUCAGUAUGUAUUAUAUACAUGAUGAAAUACAGUAAUUUCCAAAUCA